AUGACACCCACAAAGCAAUCACACAAACGUAAAAAUGUCACGACGGCCUGCUUGGCCUGUCGUGAGAGUAAAAUAAAGUGUGAUGGGACCAAACCCAUUUGCUCACAUUGCAAGAUUAAAGGUAGACCAUGCCACUAUCAGCUAGGAGUUGAUAAGCGAAAGCUUUCGCUCCGCCUUGCAGUCGAUCUACUAGUAAAUCGAGUGGGGCAACUAUGUCAAUUUAUUAAUGACCAAGGGCUGCAACCGCCGCAGAUGUCUGACGAGGACGACUCCGCUUUACAACAUUUACUACAGACGCGUGGAAUGGAAGGUCUGCAGUCGGCGCUGAAGCGAACUGAGGACAAUCCCAGGAACGUCCCGGACCCUAAGGCUAAUCGGGACCAACCACCAGACAAUGAAGUUGAACAUGGCUUCAUCGAGGAUUUGAACCCUGACGUUAUAGACCCAAACCUAUUCUUGAUGACAUUCCCAGAAGUCGUCAAAGACGUUCAACAGGGUCCAGCCCAUUCCGAAAUCGCCGCUUCUCUACCAGCAGCGUCAGACGAUUCAUUGUUCCAAGACUGUAGUGACGAUACCUUUGUUGAGAUCAACACAGAAUCUCCAAAGGAAGCACCAUGCGGGAUCAGCAACUCUCCAUCACGGAAUAAAGAUUCGAGCAAUGGAGAUGGGGAUCGAGAAAGUAUAGCACAGCCGCGGCCUGCUGCGACGCGACUGCCGCUGUCCAUCCAACAGUUACUGAGCAAUGAGCCGAGACGCCAACAUGACACUUCCACCAAGGACGACAAUCUUAGUGAUAGUGAAGGUGUAGAGGAGCUAGUCACCCAAUUAUCUGACAGGAUGGGAAGCCUACAAAUAGGGUCCGACGGUCAUGUUCGCUACUACGGUCCAACAUCCCAUUUUAAUCUGCUAAGGAUGCCUACUCCGGACAAUCUCACCAUCCAUCGCACCGUUCGACAAGAUGGACCAGAUGUGUUGGAUCGCCUUGGCGUUAACAAAGAGAUUCCCGCGGGGUUUGAGGAGCACCUGAUAAACCUCUAUUUUACUUGGCAUAACCCGUUGUUUCAGGUGGUCGAUAGGGAGAUGUACGAGCCAGCACGGCAACAGUGGCGCACGAAACUGGAGGAAACUCCUUACUACUCUGAGGCCCUGACAAACGCUAUGUGCUGCCUUGGAGCGGCAUUCGAGCCGCGAUACCAUCCCGAUUUCAUCACCUAUCCUAGAUCAGUGUCUGACUUCUUCGCUGACCGGGCGAAGGCACUUCUAGAGAUUGAGCUGGACUCACCCACUCUGGCAACUAUUCAGGCGAUGGUCGUAUUAAGCGCACACGACGUUGGAUGCAAGAGGAACUCUAGAGGGUGGCUCUAUAGCGGGAUGGCCAUGCGAUUGGCCUUUGACUUGGGGUUGCACAUUGACACGGCCCACUAUGUGACUCAAGGGUCGAUUAACGCAGCUGAGGCAGAGCUACGUCGCACCGUUUUUUGGGGAACUUACACUGUGGACCACCUGUGGGGCUUCUUCCUCGGUAGACCAGUCCGCAUCAAUAUGGAGGAUGUCACAGUCAACAAGCCUGGUCGCCAUCAAGUGAAAGAGCAUGACCGAAAAUGGGUCCCUUACGGUCUUCCGUCUCCACCACCUGCUUGUCUUGCAGCUCCUGUGCCAGACCCAGUCGACCUUCUUAGCCAGCAUCGGAUCCAGCUUUGUGAGAUCAUGACUCCACUAGGCCAUAUCCUUUAUGGAUGCUCUCGUGUCUCAAAACGUAUUCUUCAGGGUUUGAACGAGAACACCACAGACCGACUCCUAAAAUGGAAAGCCAACCUUCCCGAGGUUCUUCAAAUCGAUCUUGAUAACGCAGAUGCCCCUGUCCUGCCUCAUAUCUUACUUCUCCACAUGCAAUAUCACCAGACCAUUAUCCACGCCCACCGCCCUUGGAUCUCGAAACGCUACAUCCAACCCCAACCACCCCAAGGCCCAGGCCACGUCCAUGCUCGAAAGAUGUGCAUCGAAUCCGCAAUCGCCAUCGCCCAACUGCUCCAUCUCUACGAAGCGCAGUACACAUUCCGUCGCAUGAACGUUCAAGCCGUCUCUAUCACCUGCUCCGCCGCACUGAUGCUGAUAUUUGCCACAAUCGCAAGCCUCAAACGUGAAGGAGAUCAAGAGAUAUCAGCUUAUCUUAGCGUUUGCUUCCGUGCACUGGAGGAAUUCGGGAUAUCAUGGGAGAGUGCCAAGAGAGCCCAGAACUUUCUCAUAAGCCUACAGCGGCGAUGGGAAUCGCGGGUCCGUUCGUAUAAUUCUGCGAAGCGGGCUGUGUCUCAGUCACAAAAGGAUGUUCGCGCGUUUGACCCGGCCGGGAGUGGGUUUCCCAUUGAUCCUGAUAUGAUGGUGGAGUUGGAUUGGUUGUGUACGGAGACGAUGCAGGAUAUGUCUCCUUAA